AUGUACGCUGGGAAUAUGCUCCAGCGUUCACCCAAACUCUCUCGAAGCUUAGACAUGGAAACUCUUGGCCAUGGAUCGUCGUCCUCUAAGUUUUAUACGUCCUCGAUUUCUCAACCCCCUUCAGUUAGAAGCAGCCCUAUUCCUUCCCGGAUAAUUUCUUCUCCUUCACAAACAUAUAGAUCUCGGCAUUUGAGAAUAAGUAGAUCAAGUAACAACAGUCCACUGAACUUACCAGAAGGGCCGCAUUUCCCUCAUUCCAUUAGUAGCCGCGCAUUUAAUACUGGUGGUGUUUAUUACGGUGACGAAUUCAACAGGCCCAUCAUGGAUAUCAGAGCAAGUGCUUCCGAGCAUCGUAGUCGGUCCGUAAACCGACCUAUGCGUGGCUAUCAAUCGUUAGAAAGAGUUCCCGAUCGUGAAUAUAUCUCGAUUCGAGAACCUAGACAAAGAUCUCUUGGUGGCGUAGAAAUUGAUAGUAGACAUUCCAGAGGUCGGGAUCAUUCCAUGGAAGAAGCUAUGUUUAUGGAAAGAGAUCAAUCUGAUAUGUAUUACACGGAGAGAGAAUCAGUUAUAGACUCCGUUCCUUAUGCUGAAAAUGGACCCUAUGACACUCGUCCUACUCACACUUUUUCCGUUAACAACUUAGACAAGCACAAUGAAUAUUCUCGUGACAAUUUUAUUAUGGAGCUUCAAUCACGUUUGAACGAGCUACAAAACCAAUAUGGAACUAUGAAACGUGAACUAGACGUCACAACUCAAAAACUUGGGUCAAGCAUGCAUAGCAUUAAAACGUAUUGGAGUCCAGAACUGAAGAAAGAACGUGCCCUGCGCAAAGAGGAAGCUGCAAAAUAUGCGCUGAUGAAUGAACAGAUGAAAAUGUUUAGGUCCGAAAAUCAG